UCAAACAAAUCUCCCCACUUGAUUCCACUGGGAAGCAGGAACUCCAUACCGCAGGGUAAAUAGUUGGAGUAAAAGCGCAAACGAUACGAUGACACAUCUUCGAAUGGAUUGAGGAGAACAAAUGGCGAACUAUAGUAGAAGCCACCAUAACAGGAUCCGAAGGAUAUCUCCUCUUUCAAUUACCCUCUAUAUUUUCCUUCUCUUUGCUGUAUCGAUCUUCAUUUUCAGUUUUUAUAGUAGAGACAUCUUAGAAGAUGACCAGAAGCCUCCCUUUUUAUUGGAGUCCGAGCAGAAGGAAGAUGGACUUCUCUGGGAGGCUCCUUAUAGCCAUGGGCUACGCCAGUGUGUCAAGCCUACUUCUAGAUAUAAAGCUGCACAAGGAUGGGAUCGCUACUUGACUGUUAAAAGUAAUGGGGGUUUAAAUCAGAUGCGCACUGGUAUAGCUGAUAUGGUUGCUGUGGCUCACAUGAUGAAUGCUACUUUGGUGAUUCCUCAGUUGGACAAGCGUUCGUUCUGGCAAGAUUCAAGUAUUUUCUCAGAUAUAUUUGAUGAACACAAUUUCAUCCAAAUGUUACAAGGAGAUGUCAGGAUUAUUAGAGAGCUUCCACAAGAAUUAGAAUCUGUUCAUCGAGCCAGGAAGCACUUCACAUCCUGGUCUGGUAUGGGCUAUUAUACUGAGAUGAAGCAAUUAUGGAAGGAAAAUCAGGUCAUUCAUGUCGCUAAAUCUGAUUCUCGACUUGCAAACAAUGAUUUGCCUCUUGAUAUUCAGAGAUUAAGAUGUCGUGCUUUAUAUCAUGCUCUUCGCUUCUCUCCUCCUAUUGAGAGCCUUGGAAAGAAGCUUGUGGAGCGGCUGCGAUUACGAGCGCCAAGAUACAUUGCACUUCAUUUGCGGUAUGAAAAAGACAUGCUGGCUUUUACUGGCUGUACAUAUGGUCUUACUGAUGAAGAAGCCGAGGAGCUUAAAGUGAUGAGGGAGAAUACAAAUCAUUGGAAGAUCAAGAACAUCAAUUCCACUGAACAGAGAAUUGGUGGUUUCUGUCCUCUUACGCCCAAGGAGGUUGGAAUAUUUCUUCAAGCUCUUGGUUAUCCCAAGUCAACAUUGAUUUAUAUUGCUGCGGGAGAAAUCUAUGGUGGUAGCAGUCAUCUUUUAGAGCUUACAUCUCGCUUUCCAAAUGUAGUUUCAACGGAAAUGCUUGCAACCUCUGAAGAACUGAGCGAAUUUGCCAAACAUGCAUCACAAAGUGCAGCACUUGACUAUAUUAUUUCUGUUGAGAGUGAUGUUUUCAUUCCAUCACAUUCUGGUAAUAUGGCAAGAACAGUUGAGGGGCAUCGUAGAUUCUUAGGCCACCGGAAGACAAUCACCCCUGACAGGAAAGGCCUGGUUGAAAUAUUUGAUCGGCUGGAAGCUGGAGAGCUUAAAGAAGGGCAAUCAUUAUCGCAUCUAGUGAACAAAUUGCACAACAACAGGCAAGGCGCUCCUAGAGAUAGAGAAGGCGCCCCUGAAGGAAUCAAAGGGCGAGCACGGUUCAGGAUGGAAGAACCUUUUUACCAAAAUCCAUACCCUGAAUGUAUAUGUCGUCCAAAGAGAACUCCAAGAUGAGGCAUAGAUUUCCAGCCUGCCAGUUUUCCUUCUUGUGAGUUGUUGAAA